CAUCCCCUGCCCUCGCCCAGUCACUGCCCAGGCCGAGCAGACGCCUCCAGGAUCUGGGAUCUGUCGCAGCUGCUGUUUGGAGGGAGAGCAGAGGCCAUGUCGGACGCGGAAGAGGUGGUGGAGGAGUACGAGGAGGAGGAGCAGGAAGAGGAAGCUGUGGGAGAAGAGGAAGACUGGAGAGAGGACGAGGACGAGCAGGGGGAGGCAGAGGAAGAGGAGGCCGACGGCAGGGCCGAGGCUGAGGCUGAGACUGAGGAGACCCAGGCAGAAGAAGAUGAACAAGAAGAGGAAGCCAAAGAGGCUGAAGAUGGCCCAGUGGAGGAGUCCAAACCCAAGCCCAGGCCGUUCAUGCCCAACUUGGUGCCACCCAAGAUCCCCGACGGAGAAAGAGUGGACUUCGAUGACAUCCACCGCAAGCGCAUGGAGAAGGACCUGAACGAGCUGCAGACGCUGAUCGAGGCGCACUUUGAGAACAGGAAGAAGGAGGAGGAGGAGCUCGUGUCUCUCAAAGACAGGAUCGAGCGCCGGCGGGCGGAGCGUGCGGAGCAGCAGCGCAUCCGGAGCGAGCGGGAGAGGGAGCGGCAGAACCGCCUGGCCGAAGAGAGGGCCCGGCGAGAGGAGGAGGAGAACAGGAGGAAGGCUGAGGAUGAGGCCCGGAAGAAGAAGGCUUUGUCCAACAUGAUGCAUUUUGGAGGCUACAUCCAGAAGCAAGCCCAGACGGAGCGGAAGAGUGGGAAGAGGCAGACCGAGCGGGAGAAGAAGAAGAAGAUUCUGGCCGAGAGGAGGAAGGUGCUGGCCAUUGACCACCUGAAUGAAGAUCAGCUGAGGGAGAAGGCCAAGGAACUGUGGCAGAGCAUCUAUGACCUGGAAGCCGAGAAGUUCGACCUGCAGGAGAAGUUCAAGCAGCAGAAAUACGAAAUCAAUGUUCUCCGAAACAGGAUCAAUGACAACCAGAAAGUCUCCAAGACCCGCGGGAAGGCCAAAGUUACUGGGCGCUGGAAGUAGAGGCCGAGCCUCCCCCACCCAAGAUCUGCUCCUUGCUGUGUGUCCCCAGCUCUGGGCCCCUCCUGGGCACCUGGGCGUCUCCUGUCUGGGAAUGGGCCCAGCCAGGAGCCAACACUCCUCCCUGCCCACCACCACCCGCCGCCAGUAAUAAAACCUGUCACUCGCUGA